UCAAUUUUUUUUUUCAGUUCUAUAAAGAUGAGUGAGGAAGCGAAUGGAAGUGAAGCUCAGCCAAAACGCCAAGUUCCACGUCUGAAUCAGAGGAUCCUCUCAACCUUGUCUAGGAGAUCUGUAGCUGCACAUCCUUGGCAUGAUCUUGAGAUUGGACCUGGAGCUCCUCAAAUCGUCAAUGUUGUUGUUGAAAUUACUAGAGGAAGUAAAGUCAAAUAUGAGCUUGACAAGAAGACUGGCCUCAUAAAGGUUGAUCGUGUCUUAUAUUCAUCAGUGGUUUAUCCUCACAAUUAUGGUUUCAUCCCCCGCACUUUAUGUGAAGAUAAUGACCCAAUGGAUGUUUUAGUCCUCAUGCAGGAACCUGUCCUCCCAGGAAGUUUCCUCCGAGCCAGGACCAUUGGGCUCAUGCCCAUGAUUGAUCAGGGAGAGAAGGAUGAUAAGAUCAUUGCAGUAUGCGCUGAUGACCCAGAAUAUCGGCACUACACUGAUAUUAAAGAACUCCCUCCUCAUCGACUGACUGAGAUCCGGCGUUUCUUUGAAGAUUACAAGAAGAAUGAGAACAAAGAGGUUGCAGUUAAUGAUUUUUUGCCUUCGGAUACUGCUCAUGGGGCUAUCCAGUACUCCAUGGACCUUUAUGCUCAAUAUAUCUUGCAGACUUUGAGGCGAUAGGCCGGUGGCAACAUGAAUUCUACUUAUCUGAACAAUCAGUUCAAAUAAUUGAAGGAAAGGGAGAGAUCGAUAUUUCUGCUAUAAUUUUUGUAUUAAGGCUCCAUAUUGGUGCUUGUUUGCUUCAACAAACAUCCAUUAAUUGUUGAGGAAAUUGUUGUAUUCUUUAUUUUGUGCUUGGUUAUUUCAAAACUCAAAAUUGAAUUAUA